AUGAGCAUUGGGACCCACCAGCGGUUGGCUGUGGAGUCACUACAGGCUGGUGGGGGCUGUGGAUCAGUACCCAGCUGCCCCUGCUCUCCACCUGCCCAGCUGUCCUUCCUGCCAGCAGCCACGCUAGCUGGGCCCCACAUCUCUACAUCCAACUCUACAUACUGGAUGCACUACACAGCACAGUACACUAACCCACGGUACGCCUCACAGAGCUGCUGCUGCUACGGCUGCGUCUGUAGGAAUCCAAAUCUCAUCAUAUGGUUUUAGCCUAUGAUGAAUAGCCUUGUUUGACUGCCAGAACUGAUGUGACUGCAUCUUUCAAAAUAAACAGAGACAAAAAACGUAUAGUGACUUUACAGUGAAUGAUGGAUUUGUACAGGGACAGUGUAAUUCACAGGCUACUUGUAGUGACAUAGAGCAGCCCAAUGUUUGGGGACAAUCACAGCUUUAUGUCUUGGUAUUUUUAGUGGUGUUUAAUAUGGUACUAACAAAGACUAAAACAGGAAAAACUAAAAGGAUGAACAAGUAUCUUGUUAAUUUGGCAUUGAUUUCCAAGCAUUUGCGAUGCUAAGACUUCUAUGGGACAUACAGUGGGGAGAACAAGGAUUUGAUACACUGCCGAUUUUGCAGGUUUUCCUACUUACAAAGCAUGUAGAGGUCUGUAAUUUUUAUCAUAGGUACACUUCAACUGUGAGAGACGGAAUCUAAAAAAUCCAAAAAUCCAGAAAAUCACAUUGUAUGAUUUUUAAGUAAUUAAUUUGCAUUUUAUUGCAUGACAUAAGUAUUUGAUACAUCAGAAAAGCAGAACUUAAUAUUUGGUGCAGAAACCUUUGUUUGCAAUUACAGAGAUCAUACGUUUCCUGUAGGUCUUGACCAGGUUUGCACACACUGCAGCAGGGAUUUUGGCCCACUCCUCCAUACAGACCUUCUCCAGAUCCUUCAGGUUUCGGGGCUAUCGCUGGGCAAUACGGACUUUCAGCUCCCUCCAAAGAUUUUCUAUUGGGUUCAGGUCUGGAGACUUGCUAGGCCACUCCAGGACCUUGAGAUGCUUCUUACGGAGCCACUCCUUAGUUGCCCUGGCUGUGUGUUUCGGGUCGUUGUCAUGCUGGAAGACCCAGCCACGACCCAUCUUCAAUGCUCUUACUGAGGGAAGGAGGCUAUUGGCCAAGAUCUCGUGAUACAUGGCCCCAUCCAUCCUCCCCUCAAGACGGUGCAGUCGUCCUGUCCCCUUUGCAGAAAAGCAUCCCCAAAGAAUGAUGUUUCCACCUCCAUGCUUCACGGUUGGGAUGGUGUUCUUGUUGUUGUACUCAUCCUUCUUCUUCCUCCAAACACGGCCAGUGGAGUUUAGACCAAAAAGCUCUAUUUUUGUCUCUUCAGACCACAUAACCUUCUCCCAUUCCUCCUCUGGAUCAUCCAGAUGGUCAUUGGCAAACUUCAGACGGGCCUGGACAUGUGCUGGCUUGAGCAGGGGGACCUUGCAUGCGCUGCAGGAUUUUAAUCCAUGACGGCGUAGUGUUUUACUAAUGGUUUUCUUUGAGACUGUGGUCCCAGCUCUCUUCAGGUCAUUGACCAGGUCCUGCCGUGUAGUUCUGGGCUGAUCCCUCACCUUCCUCAUGAUCAUUGAUGCCCCACGAGGUGAGAUCUUGCAUGGAGCCCCAGACCGAGGGUGAUUGACCGUCAUCUUGAACUUCUUCCAUUUUCUAAUAAUUGCGGCAACAGUUGUUGCCUUCUCACCAAGCUGCUUGCCUAUUGUCCUGUAGCCCAUCCCAGCCUUGUGCAGGUCUACAAUUUUAUCCCUGAUGUCCUUACACAGCUCUUUGGUCUUGGCCAUUGUGGAGAGGUUGGAGUCUGUUUGAUUGAGUGUGUGGACAGGUGUCUUUUAUACAGGUAACGAGUUCAAACAGGUGCAGUUAAUACAGAGUUGGAGAACAGGAGGGCUUCUUAAAGAAAAACUAACAGGUCUGUGAGAGCCGGAAUUCUUACUGGUUGGUAGGUGAUCAAAUACUUAUGUCAUGCAAUAAAAUGCAAAUUAAUUACUUAAAAAUCAUACAAUGUGAUUUUCUGGAUUUUUGUUUUAGAGUCCAUCUCUCACAGUUGAAGUGUACCUAUGAUAAAAAUUACAGACCUCUACAUGCUUUGUAAGUAGGAAAACCUGCAAAAUCGGCAGUGUAUCAAAUACUUGUUCUCCCCACUGUAGUUAAUCAGCAGAGGCUGAACGAUGGGUUCAGUAUAAUAGAAGAACGUUUUAAUUAUCACAAGGCUACAUUUAAGCAAUAAGGCACGAGGGGGUGUGGUAUAUGGCUGUUCUUAGGCACGACGCAAUAUAUCACAACCCCCGAGGUGCCUUAUUGCUAUUAUAAACUGGUUACCAACGUAAUUAGAGCAGUGAAAACAAAUGUUUUGUCAUACCAGUGGUACAUGGUCUAAUAUACCACUGCUGUCAGCCAAUCAGCAUUCAUGGCUCGAACCACCCAGUUUAUAAUCACUUUUAUACCACUGCUUUAUUAUUAGAACUUUCAUUUUAUUGGGGGAAUGAUUGACUUCUGUUCAAAAGACCUCGUUAUGGCUUCCCGAGUGGCUCAGCGGUCUAAAGCACUGCAUCGCAGUUUUGCGGCGUCACUACAGCCUGGGGUUCGAUCCCAGGCUGUGUUACAACUGCCCGUGACCGGGAGUCCCAUAGGGCGGCACACAAUUGGCCCUGCGUCAUCGGGGUUAGGGGAGGGUUUGGCCGGGGGGGCUUUACUUGGCUCAUUGCGCUCUAGCGACACCUUGUGGCGGGCUGGGCACCUGCAGGCUGACUUCGGUCGUCAGUUGAACGAUGUUUCCUCUGACACAUUGGUGCAGCUGGCUUCCGGGUUAAGCGAGCAGGUGUUAAGAAGCGAGACUUGGUGGGUCAUGUUUCGGAGGAUGCAUGACUCGACCUUCGCCUCUCCCGAGCAUGUUGGGGAGUUGCAGCGAUGAGACAAGAUCGUAAUCACGAAAUUGGGGAGAAAAAGGGGGGUAAAAAAAAUCUAAAUCAAAUAGAAAGGAAUAUGGCCUUGCAGACACUAUAAACUCAGAUACAACUCAGAUCUUACCACAUCCUUACAUGGAAAUAGGACUAUAAUUUCGAGUGCAGAGCUGCUAAUUAUUUAGUGCAAAUUGUCUUCACACAAACAUGUUCCUUGUCUUCACACAAACAUGUUCCACUGUUAGUUAGCCCAGUGGGGAUGUGCAGAGAGGCUUUGUGAGAGACUAUUCUAUUGCUGACUGAGCACCAACUAAUGAAUCACGUUCUGAUUCCAGAUCAGUGUCUAUUUAUUGCAAGUCCAAUGUUGGGUGGAUGAUAUGAAGGAUGUAGGCUCCGUGUUUGUCUCCUUUCUAUUAUUCAAUGUAUCAAAGACAGUGUGGAUAGGCACACUAACCACUUUGGACUAGAGGUCUUACACUUACAGAGGUAUUUCAGCUUCUACUACCUUGUUAACAUACUUUGUAAGUAUUGAUAAGCGGCAUCAUUUGCACAGUUUUGCAGUAGUGAAAAAAGACGGAUGGAAAAUGUAUGCUAAUAGUACAUUUUAUGAGCCCUGAUAUCUACCAUUUACUUUCCCCAGUAAAUCUCCUUUGCCCUAAGAAAUAGUGCUUAGGAGUUGUUGUCCAGAGCAGAUUAUUACAUGUUUAUGUGUUUGAAAUGACUAUACUUCUCCUUGGUAGUUGAUGUAAAAUAUACUGAAGAAAAAUAUAAACGCAACAUGCAACAAUUUCAACAAUUUUAUUGAGUUACAGUUCAUAUAAGGAAAUCAGUCAAUUGAAAUAAAUAAAUUAGGCCCUAAUCUAUGGAUUUCACAUGACUGGGCCGGGGCGCAGCCAUGGUUGGGCCUGGGAGGGCAUAGGCCCACCCACUUGGGAGCCAGGCCCACCCACUGGGGAGCCACUCCUCAGUUUCAUCAGCUGUCUGGGUGGCUGGUCUCAGACGAUCCCGCAGGUGAAGAAGCCGGAUGUGGAGGUCCUGUGCUGGCGUGGUUACAUCUGGUCUGCGGUUGUGAGGCCGGUUGGACGUACUGGCAAAUUCUCUAAAACAACGUUGGAGGCAGCUUAUGGUAGAGAAAUUGACAUUAAAUUCUCUGGCAACAGCUCUGGUGGACAUUCCUGCAGUCAGCAUGCCAAUUGCACGCUCCCUCAAAACCUGAGACAUCUGUGGCAUUGUGUUGUGUGACAAAACUGCACAUUUUAGAGGAGCCUUUUAUUGUCCCCAGCAAUGAUCAUGCUGUUAUAUCAGCUUCGUGAUAUGCCACACCUGUCAGGUGGAUGGAUUAUCUUGGCAAAGAAGAAAUGAUCAUUAACAGGAAUGUAAACACAUUUGUGCACAACAUUUAUAGAAAUAAGCUUUUUAUGUAUGGAACAUUUCUGGGAUAUUUUAUUUCAGCUCAUGAAACAUGGGACCAACAUGUUACGUGUUGCGUUUAGAUUUUUGUUCAGUAUAAUUAGGAUGUGACACUGGGCAGGGAGGUAUGAUGCUAUUGCUGUGCUGUGUAACAGUGUGAAUAGUGGCUUUGACUCAGGUUGGCUAAUUGCACUUAACUUUGUCGGAGACAAUUAAGAGCCUGGUUGACGAGCGUGGUUCAGCAUGGCUGCGGCUAAUUACAUUUCAUCUUCUGCAGUGCUGUCCUGACCUAAUCACGGGGCUGGUGAGGCGAGGGCCAAGCAGUGGGGGGAUUAUUUAAAGCAGAGUGGGUCAGAGGAACACUCGGCUAGUUUAUGUUGUCGAUAACUCAGGACACGCUAGCCUGGCGUCAUAUGGGAUUGAAAUGCAUUAUUUUGACAGUCUUCUCUCUCUCUCUCCCUCUCUUUCUCUCUUCUCUCUCUCUUCUCCUCCUCCAUCUCCUCCUCCCCCUCUACAGUGCAGUGUCUGGAGAUGACGACUAAGAGGAAGAUCAUUGGGCGCCUGGUGCCGUGCCGGUGCUUCCGGGGUGAGGAGGAGGUCAUCUCAGUGCUGGACUACUCCCACUGCAGCCUGCAGCAGGUGCCCAAGGAGAUCUUCAGCUUCGAGCGCACGCUGGAGGAGCUCUACCUGGAUGCCAACCAGAUCGAGGAGCUGCCCAAGGUGGGUUUUGCUGGGGCUGGGGCUGAGGCUGGUGCUGGGGCUGAGGCUGGGGCUGGGGACAAGGCUGGGGCUGGGGCUGAGGCUGGGGACGAGACUGGGACUGGGGCUGGGGCUGGGAACGAGACUGGGGCUGGGGCUGAGGCUUGGGCUGGGGUUGAGCCUGGGGCUGGGGCUGGAGGAUGUAAGGGGUGAACUGUAGAAAAUAGGCUCUACAAAGCCAAAUAGUUCAGACAACACAGCCAUUCCCUUGAAUUUCCCCUACAUUACUAAAGCAUGGCAUAAUGAUCGAUGGCAACAUUAUCUCAGCUCUAUGCACUCUCUCUCUUCAUGUGGCGCUCAGUGUUGAUUGGCUAAAUGAGUUGCCAAGCCAACCAGACCCCCACAGACCAAGCAGUGGCGUAAUGUCCUUCCUGUCUGUAAAUGAGCUGCUUAUGAAGCAGAGAGCGAAACACAAAUGGACUUGCUGACUCUUGUCUGACCUUCACAUAGAAAACAAUACAAUCUGUGAAUGUAGCUUUCGUUAAGACUUUCAAAGGAGAUCUAUUACAAUCUUGACAAUAGUGUCUUUGUUUUAAAUUGAAACCCCUGGCUGAAUACCGUAGUAUUCAACUAAGUUGUAUUGGCUGAAUGUUUACAGUGCAAUUAACUGUGAUAUCCGUCAGAGUGGUUCAGUGGAAUUACUUAACUACAUUUUAUGAAAUUUCACAGUGUAGUGUGUUCAUCAACAAACUCCCAAUUAGAUGCUUUAAGUCGGCAGAACCCAGAAACAGUGUCUUCAACCUAGCUUCCUUUUCCCAUGACAACCAGAUGUGGGGACCCCGCUCAGGCGUUUUUUUACGCCUGCUACGUAAGGUUAGGGUCUUUGUGAAGUGAGUUCAGGGCCAGUGUGGCUCCUCACAGGGUUGCGUAAGAACCAGGCAUUGAUAGAGCCAGAGUGUAUGGUCCUUUAUGUAAGUGUGGCUCAUGUAUAUCAGAGUGAUGCCCUGGGCAAGACUGGACAACGCUGGCUCUACUCUCCAGUCUCCAUUGUUGUAGCAACUCCCCCUCUGGCUCUUAAUGCUCUUAAAGAGUAGUGGCCUCUCAUAAUGGGCAUGUUAUAGUAAUGUUCCAACUGGACUGUAAUGUCUCCCUGACUGCAUCUCAAAUAGCACCCUCUUCCCUUUGUAGUGCAGUACUUUUGACCAGAGCCCUAUGGGCCAUGGUCAAAAGUAGUGCACUAUAUAAGGAAUAGGGUGCCGUUUGGGAUGCAGACCCUUAGAACGUCUCCCUUUCUCUCCUUUUCAUAGAAAAAGGAAUGGACUGCAGUCAAAUAUAGGAGAAAACGCUUGUUGAUACUGUAUUAUUGGUUGGCUUUGAAUGUAAAAGUUGAUCUAUUCAUUAUUCAUGAUACACUGUGAUGGUAAUUUGUAACCUGUUAUCUCAAACAUCAAGUGGCAUAAUGUGAUGCACAGCACACUAUAGCUCUGCAUAGCACCCUUUCACCUUCUCUCUCUGUUACCUCACUCUCUCUUUCUCUCUAUGCGUCCUCUUUCGCUCUCUCCCUCCCUCUCUCUGAGGAGGACUGAUGUGGCUCUCCCCCCUCUAUAUAGAGCUGUGGAGGACUAAUGUUGUCCCACAAGGUUACUCAACUGAGAGUGGCUGCUCUUACAGUGAUCAAUGGGAAACCCUGCAUAAUGUUGAAAGAGACGUUUCUCAUUUAACAACAGCACCGCAUCAUUAGAGACCAGCCUCAUUGAAUCUCAAUGCAUGAAGUCUCACCAAGUCUACACUCUUUCAGCUCAGCAGGCUAAGAAGCUGAUAUAACAUCAGUAUAACUUGUGUUUCUUCUGUUCUGCCUCCCUCUCUCCAAAGCAACUAUUUAACUGUCAGGCUCUCCGGAAGCUGAGCAUACCUGACAAUGACCUGUCAAACCUGCCAACCACCAUAGCCAGCCUUGUAAACCUGAGGGAGUUAGACAUCAGUAAAAACGGUAAGCGAGUGAGGUUCAUUGGAAUAUCUGCAAGUUUCUACUCUGAUCUAUUCGAAAUCGCUACUCUCUACUGAUACUGUGACUCUAAAUAUUAGCAUGAUGUACAAUGUGAUGAGGCAUGAGUGUUAAAUGUAUGCACGCACGACUGUAAGUCGCUUUGGAUAAAAGCGUCUGCUAAAUGGCAUAUUAUUAUUAUUAUAUUAUUAUUAUUAUUAAUUGGUUAUGAAUGACAAACAUGUUUCCAUUCCAUUCCAUCUUUAGGUAUUCAAGAGUUCCCAGACAACAUUAAAUGCUGUAAAUGCCUAUCUGUUGUGGAGGCCAGUGUAAAUCCCAUUGCCAAGUAAGUGAAGAGAGAAGUGUACAAUGGUAAUGCUGUACUAUCAUCGCCAACAGCUGUGUAUGUUGCUAUGUGCCAAGCAACAACCACAGAUUACCUCAGUAAGAAACAUCCAUGAAUAUUUCUAUAAAUAUGCUUUCAGUCAAAUUGGCUGUAGAAAUUAUGGGGACAUUUUUUAAAAUAAUUUCCUAAAUCGCCUUAAGGGCAACUAUAACAGAUAAACAGAACGAGGCAAAUAACUACAUGGGAGACUGUUCUAUUUGUGUAUCUGAGGCUUUUUUCUGAAUUGAAAUGAAUUUGAAUUUGAAUAUAAGAAUAUAAACAAUUCCAUCACUGUUAAACUAAGACAUUUCUGUCCUGCCUUGUUUAAUUAUCUUAAUGGAUACAGCAUUGUGUAAAUAUGCCAUUUGUUAAAUAUUGAAUCGUCUUCUGUCCUUACAGAGGGUAAUGCAGGUCUCUCUGCUAGUUCUUGACAUGACGUGACUCCUGCCAUUAAAUACAUUGGAAAACCAUAAGGGAGUUGCACUGCCACUGAGAAAUAUUUACGCCAUACAUUUUACAUUUGUUGGUGGGAAAUCAUAGGUUGACAAACAAAUGGGUCCUCAUAGACUAGAUUAAGAGUGUAUUACUGCUUGGCUAGGGUAUUUUUAUUUUUAUUUGACGUUUAUUUUGACAAGGAAGUCGUACUGAGACUAGGGUCUCUUUUACAGAUGAGCCCUGCAUAAAUACAUCAAACACAUACAUUAUACAAAAUUACCAAACAUUUAAAGAAAAACAGACACAUUUAUCAACAUAUAGGUCUCUGAUCAUUACUCUGAACUGACCAAUGGGGAUCAUCUAAUUUCAGAGAGCUCUGUAAGUUGUUCCACAUAAAUGGCGCAAAAAAACUAAAAGCAGCUUUACCCAACUCCGUGGAGACCGAAGGGGCCUCCAGUGUUAUCCAAGCCUGAGACUGGGUUUGGUAAUUUAUAAGUCUACAUUUAAUUAAUGAUGAUAGAUACGUAGGACGUUUCUGCUUGAGUGCUUUGUAGAUAAACACAAUAAAAUGCUGCUCUCUCCUUACAUACAAAGAGGCCCAACCCACUUUCUGAUACAAAACACAAUGGUGAGUUGUACAACCAUCAGCAGUAAUAAACCUAAGGGCACAAUGGAAAACAGCAUUUAGUGGUUUAAGUGUAGAUGCUGCUGCAUCCAUAUAGAUAAUAUCCCCAUAAUCUAAAAUAGACAUACAAAUGGCCUGGACAAUUUCCUUCCUAUUAACAAAAAUCAGACAUGCUUUGUUUCUGUAAAAUAAACCAACCUUGAACUUCAACUUCUUCACCAGCUCAGUGACAUGUUUUUUAAAUGACAGUUUGUCACCAAGCCAGAUACCAAGAUAUUUGUAGAAAGGAACUCGCUCAAUUUGUGUACCGUUCAAACUAGUCAUUACAAAUUCAUUUAAAUCUAGGUUAUGGGACCUAGAAAAAGCAUGCGUUUUGUUUGCAUUUAGAAAAACUUUAGAUCAAAUAGUGACCUCUGUAGAAAAUCUGACUUCAAAUGUGAAAAGGCUUGGCUAACCGAUGGAGCAAUGGAAUACAACACUGUAUCAUCUGCAUUUUGUUACAGCAUUACCAAUGUUAUUUAUGUAGAUUGUAAACAGUAGUGGGCAGAGUAUCGAACCUUGGGGAACCAAGGUAUGAGUAUGAGUCAUUCUGUAGUGCUGUAGUGUGCUAGCUCCUCUGUUAUUUAUGUAGAUUGUAAACAGUAGUGGGCAGAGUAUCGAACCUUGGGGAACCAAGGUAUGAGUAUGAGUCUUUCUGUAGUGCUGUAGUGUGCUAGCUCCUCUGACAGCGCUGAGUGGAGCUGGUUCAGGGGAGUUGUCAUGGGAAUGGGGCGGGCUAACAUUUAGCUUGACUUUAAAUGUGUCUGAGGUCCUUAGCCUCUGUAAAUCCUGUAGCCUGGCACCAACUAACAGGAACCUGCUCUCUCUUUCUUUCUACCUUUCUCUUUCUCUCUCUUCCCUUCCCUCUCUCAUUUUCAAUCUCUCCACUGCAGGCUCCCAGACGGCUUCACCCAGCUCCUCAACCUGACACAGCUCUUCUUAAACGACGCCUUUCUGGAGUACCUCCCCGCCAACUUUGGGAGGUGAGUUCAGCUUAUGGAGUCCCCUGUUCUGGGACUGUGGGUCUUGUGGCCCUCUACUACAGAAGGAGGGGCCCUCCUCUGUGUAUGGAUAGGGUUUGGAUUGGAGCUUUUAUUCUGCGCUCAGUUACAAGUAUGCCUGGGUGGGUUUACACUGUAAACAGACUGUUCUUUAUUCUCUGCACACAACGCCUGGUAAACAUCACUUGCCUGGGGGCUUGCAUUAAUAAAGCAAUGGGUUUAGCAGCAUUUCCUAUCUGGUUUGGUGAUGAAUUGAGAAAAAUUAACAAUUCAUCAAAACAGCAGUGGUAUUGCUCUUGGGCUCAGUGUAAUGGAAUUUAAGGUUGGGGUGUCAUGUUUUCUUAUCCAAUACUUUACAGUCCUAUGUAUAUCAUUAACAUCUAUUAAUAUUAGGGUUGCAAAGUUACUGAUCAUUUACUAAAGUUACCGGAAUCUUCAGUAAUUUUGGUAAUUAACAGAACAUCUAUGGCAAUCUAUCGUAACUUUGGUCAUUUCUACUUGGAAAACUGUAAAAAAAAAUAUAUAUUCAUAUAUAGUAUGCAUUUAUUAUAUAUAUGUCUAUAUUGUCCAUGAGUUUCUAGUAGAUAGACCAUAAGGUUCAAGAGAAAAUAUAAUAAUUAAUGAAAAAGCAUCUAAUCAACAAUGGCAUUAUUUUCAAUUAACUCUGCAACUCUUCCAACUAUGGACUUUUUUCAAAGCUACCACCAGUUUGACACCAAAACAUUGACAACAAAUACAUAUUGAAAUAAAAGUUUGUAAAAAAAAAUAUAUAUAUAUAUAUAUAAAGGAUAUUUCAUGCUGAAACCCUCAUAUUAAACACCAAUGGUAUUCAAUAAGUUGAUGGUUUUUAUUUAGGAUUUAUAGCUUUGUCAUCCCCCCCCAAAAAAAUGUAUAAUCUUAUUCAUAUAUUUUACAUGUGAUAAAGCCAAUACAGAGUGCCACAGAUUAUUACAGACACCUUGUGAUAGAUUACAUAAAAUCCUUGAAAGACGAAAAUUCUGGUAGUUUACUGGUAAACUUCAAAAGUUUCCAGGAAUAUACCCUCUCUAUAAUUUGUUUUGUUUGUCUUGUUGUGGUUGCAUGUGUUUUUGACAUCUUCUACCUUUCAGACUUUCGAAGUUACGGAUCCUGGAACUGCGAGAGAACCACCUGAAAACGAUGCCAAAGUGAGUGACUCACCACACAGAGACCUCUCCUCACCUCACCUCACCUUACCAGGGCAGCUAGAAUUAGCUACAGACAUGUUUGAUCAUGGGAUGGAAAGGAAAGGGUACAGUAAAAGACAUCCCAAGCUCAAACUAAACUCUUUGCCAACAUCAUUUUCACUGAACUACAUGGAUAACUUGCAGCCAAUAUCACUGAUUCCUACAAAUAGAGAGAACUACAAUUUGUAACAUUAUUUGAGUGUUAUCUAUCCACAUGUUAGUAGAGAGUAUUUUAUUGCAACGUCUCAGUGUUUUCCCCAAGCACUUAAAAUAAAUGAUAUCCCUCAUCCCAUCCCACUCCAUCCAGCCUACCCACAGCCUACCCACCUCAGGUCUGUCCCCUCUCUCCAAUGGAGGGGCUACUGAAGUAGCCAUGAAAAGUGGAUGUUAAUGGAAGCCCUGACAGCUUUAGCAGCCAGCAUACCCAUUAAGUCCCAAUGAAUAAUCCAACCCUGCCCAAGAUACUAGUCCGUACGGCAGGCUUAGGUUUUACCAUUCCCCCUGCACCACACUCUGGAGGCCAAAUAGCCUGAGUAACAUUCCGAGAUGGAAUUCUAAUGGGCAGAUUAGAGUGAGAGCAUGGUAAAUAGCAGCUUCUAAAGCAAAUGCCAUCAGUCUCUCUCUCUGCGACGGGUAGCAUGUGUCAGAGGAGGGGUGCUGUGCUGUGCUGUGGCCAGUCCCUGUUGCUCAGGCCUUGUUAUUUGAUGUCUAAAUGAAAUGUGAAGAAGGCCCCAUGUUGGAGCGUGUGUUUACCGGUGUGUGUAGCUAGUGGAGCGCAACCAAUGAUGUUGCAAUUUAUCAUAGUGGAGAGAGUGUUGCGCUGCGAGCCCCAGAGACAGACACACACACAUUAGUUGGUGCAUGCUCGCUCACUCAGGUGUCCUGAUUGAAAACUAUUUUUAUCCCACCAUAACAAUAACCCUAUCCCCCAUCCCUCACACUAGAGACCAAUGAAGUACACUCAUCCUCUGUCACCUCUAAUUUGGCACAGCAAGGGAUGUUUGUUCAUCUGCGUAAACCAACUCAAACAUGUUUCCCCUUGAAGAUGAGUGUAAUGUCCUCAUUCAGUUAAUGAGUUUAUCACGUUAUCGUGGAGUCAUUGGAGGGAAAGUGUAUCCUAGAGCAAGGGUAUAGAUUACAAAUAGGAUUUUAAUAUGUAAUCAAAGUUGGGGAGAUAUUCUGCAAUGACGAAUCUGAUCUGUUAGUUCUCACAUCAUAAUUGAAAUGGACUAAUUGCUAUAUGGCCCAGCUGCUGUAUAUCAUGACAUAAAACAUACAUGGCAGAGUAUCUGCUUUAGUGAUUUUACUCAACACUCACCACUCAAGACAAAGGUCCUCUGCAAUCUCAAGCCAAUACAACCAGUAAUGAUGUGCAAUACAUCUUAGAUGUAUUCAUUCUGACAUUGCUCUCUCCGGCUGACAUUGUGUACACAAGACAUGGAUGAAAGAGUUUACUUUUAGGUGUUACAUGGUGCAAUGGAGAAAGCCAUUUCAUGUUAUAUUAAUCAUUAACUAACUGCAUUGUUGUGAUUUUAGCUAUUUAUAUUUGUAGUGAAUAUUAUGUGAAUGUGUGGGGAUGUCUGGCUAGCACGCCAUCCCCUCUGCGAUGGCAGAGUUGCAGGAGGCCUGUUUGGGAGGGAGUUUGGCUGGUGAUUGGCCUUUCUAAAUGGUGACUUUGUUUCUAUGCCAGAAUCUGAGGCUCUUCCCUCUUGUUUGCUGCAGGUCAAUACACAGACUGUCACAGCUGGAGAGAUUAGACUUGGGAAGCAAUGAAUUCACUGAACUGGUAAGAAAAGAGGCCAUUUGAAGACGCCAGUCACAUGGACAGCAGCUGUCACCACACAGGCAGCCAUGACCCAGCAGACCUGGGAGACCAGCCAGAGCCGGGGCCCCCUCGCUCUGCUCUGCACCCUCAUUACGUCUCCAGCACUGCUCCCUCCGCCCGCUGUGUGUGUAUGUGUGUGUAUGUGUGUGUAUGUGUGUGCGGGCAGGCGGGCAGGCAGGCAGGCGUUUGUGUGUGCGUGAAUGCGUGCAAGUGUAACAUGGGAAAUGGCUGGUACACUAGAGAGGUACUGUGAGGUUAGUUUAAAAUGAUGCAUGAUUAUUGACUAACAAUCCAUGUGAUAUCUAAAAUGAGGCAAUAUGAAGUGUGUUUGAUGCAGAAUGCUCAAGGAGGGAGGGAGGAUGCUAAGUCAUCCUUGGUUAGCAUGAUCACACACUGUGCUGGGGCUGGGGACUGGGGAGCCCUGGGAGAGCUGCUGGGUGAAGCCAUACAUGACAUGCUCUGUGCCACAGGUCCCACUGAUGCCUUAAUUGUGCAUGUCUAAAUGUGCUGUUAGUAUGAGGGCUGGCUUGGUGUUAGUAUGAGGGCUGGCUUGGUGUUAGUAUGAGGGCUGGCUUGGUGUUAGUAUGAGGGCUGGCUUGGUGUUAGUAUGAGGGCUGGCUUGGUGUUAGUAGGAGGGCUGGCUUGGUGUUAGUAUGAGGGCUGACUUGGUGUUAGUAUAAGGGCUGGCUUGGUGUUAGUAUGAGGGCUGGCUUGGUGUUAGUAUGAGGGCUGGCUUGGUGUUAGUAUGAGGGCUGGCUUGGUGUUAGUAUGAGCUGGUCUGCCUCCACAGAUCCCUCUGUGACUCACUGUGGCACUGGAACACACUCACUAUGCAUACAGCAGCACCUGCCUCCUCCUCACUCAAGGUCAAGAUAAACAGGCACACAAACUCAUCUCAGAAUGACUCCUGUGUUUCCCAACCAUCACAUUUUAAACAUAAGGGCAUUUUUCUGUAUGGAAUUGGUUGUAGGUCUAUACCAGCGUUUCCCAAACUAGGGGCCGCAACCCCAUGUGGGGUCACCUUAUUUGAAUAUGGGGUCGUGAGAGAAACUCUGAAAUGAAAUUGUAUUAAACAGAGCGGUUUCUGUUUUCCUCCUACAAAUGGCUCUAUCUUUUGAACGGUUUAAACUACAUCAUAUUAUGACCCCAUCACUGAAAGACUCUAAGGAACAUGUAUGUGUCUUCUGUUUCCCUACAAUGCCCACAAGCUGCGCAGGACUCAUUAGAACAGAGUGGACAAGACCAGGCACUAAAUCAGACUGGGGGAAAAAGAACAUCAAGAUCAUACAAAAUUAUUACCUGAUGGUCUUCUGAACUUCCCAUUACCUUUCUGAGGCAUUUCAGUCACUUCAAACCAUACUUCCUUCAGAUUGAAAUACUGUCAAAAGUACUGUCAGACUGAUUUGUAAUAGACUGUCAUAAACCCAAUUAAAAAAGUAAACAUUGGCCAUUGAUUACAUGACUUUGUUUACAUGGUGGGGUGGCGGAAAAUAUUUUAUCUCAAAAUGGGGUCGCGGUCCAAAAAAGUUUGGGAACCCCUGGUCUAUACUUUCUGUCACGUCUGAUGUACGUUUAGUAUUUCCAGGACUUUGUCCUUGGGUAGUGAGGAAAAGGCAUCAUUUGCACGGCCCGUUCCAAGGGAGCAGAUGGUUUGACAUUGUUAUAAGCAUGCUUUGCUGUAUGAAGCCCCCAAGUUACUGCAGAGAGAGGGAGCGCCCAUCGACUCUUCCUGGUGCUAUAGUCUGAACUCCCAAUCUGUGUGUCCUACUUAAAUACAAGCCUUUCUCCCUCAACUUAUGACCUCUCUCAUCCACUAUCCCAUCCCCAUUCAAGGACUCCUGUUGCUUUUUGCUGAUAGUGUGAGCGACAUAGCCAAUUGCAUCUCAAUUCCCCUCAAAUAGAAUCCUGUUGUCUAGCUUUAUUGCCUGGUGAUUUUGAAGCCCUGGGAAAAUACAAUGCAUUUUCUCUCAUUCCUUAAGCUGUUGUUGCUUCCUCAUCUGCCCCAGACUUUGUGCAAACAUGCCUAUUGCAUUUUCUUCAGCUGAUGGUUUCUGUGGUGAAUGUUAAAUUAUUCUAUCAGUGUUUUUCAGCACUGAGAAUUCAUGGACUUUUUCCAGAAUUCCAUCCUGGUUUACUGGUAUUUCUUUGUGGAGGCAGAUACCUUUUCCCCUUAAUUGACCUGAGCUCUGGAAUGUAAUUCAGAGUCAUCAGAGCUUCUAACAGGCUGGCUGAACCAGAGGCUCUAUGAAAGCUCUCUCCAACUGAUUUCAACUCAUGCCUUAUUUUAGUGGCAAUCAGUCUUCAGCUGAGAUACUGUAUGUUCAUACUCGGUUUUACUAAACUGCAAACAUUUACAUGUAUAAGACCAGGAUUCAGAAGACCUUAUGCACCUUAUGUGCAUUCAGCACAAGCAGCUCAUUGCUAUGAAUGAGACUGAAAACAUUGCCCUUCUUGCUCUAGGCUAAACACAUGCAGAAGAUGCAGAUGUGAAAAUGUCUGCCACUGACAGAACUACAGAAAAAUGCAACUUCAGAGGCAUUGUCAUGUGACGAAACCAAACAAUGACCUCAGCACAUGUGGGCCCAGCUGAGCCAAGAGCAGAUGCUGAGUCGUGUGUGUCACAGAGGCAGAAAGUGAGGAAAGUUUCCUAAUUAAAGUCCCUGCCUGGAGAAAGGGAAGAGGGAGGAGGGGGGACGCAGAUGCCGGUGCUCAGAGGGCCGGGGUAGAGCAGAGCAGAGGAUGUCAUCAGCAGAGAGGAAAUGACAUCGCAGAGCUUCAAAGACAGACAAGAGGACAUGCCUCUGCACAGGAAGCUCCACUGCACUGAGCACCAUCCAAGUGUUUAAUCUCCAUCCGGAGAGAACAGGAGGCAUGGUAGAGGUGCCAACACAGUCCACCGUGCCAACCCUUCUCUUUGUUUCUCGUUAAAGCUUAACUUACAAGUAAAAUAGUGUGGUGCUACUGUACUGACUCCAGCUCUACUGUAUAUUGAGAGCUAUGGAUUAAUGAGUCAUACUACACACAACACUCCCAAGAGUUUAAUGAGGGAUUUGGAGAUUGUGUGUGAUGUUUUGGGAGGGUAAAGGACAGGUAGGGGACACAGCAACUACAUGGGACGUUUUUAGCACCGCUUCCAUUACCCAAUGCCAGUUGACCUACUUUAUACCCUUGGUGGGACGGAAACUUCAUUUGUUCUUUUGGUUUGAAGUUUUCUCUAUAUUUUUGGUUCAGUAGUUAAUAGAAUAUGCAUUGCAUCAGUCUGAUGUAGAUUGCUGUGUUGUAAAGUCUCAAUUGAUACUAUAGGAAUUUCAAUUACUUUUGAGAAAGUGGUUGUGUACCUCCUGUUUUUGUUGUUGUUGGGUUUUGCCUGCUUCCAUGCUGAGAUUCUAUCAACUUCUGUCACAAAUUCUGUCACUGAACCAAGCACAUACAAUUUUUUUAGGCGAAUGCCCUUGCCAAACUUAAUAAAACAUCACUACUUUUUAGAAAACACACAAGAUACUGUAGCUACCCUCACAACUAUGAGAUCAAAGCUUUCAGAAAUAAUAAUCAGAAAUAGUUUAAAUAGAAAAUAGUCCAGAAUACCAUUUGGAGUCCUUAUUGACUGCCACACCAAUGACUCCACACCAUGCUGUGGAAAGAAAUGCAUGAAACACCGAGAUGAGAGCGAUUGGAAUUGAUUAGGGCAGCAUGAAGGACUGGGAGGUCUGUCACUUAGUCUCUCAGGCUGGCCUAAUGGAGUCAUUUACACAUAGUCAGGUAGAACCUUUACUCCAGAGAGACACACACAGUCUGACCAGGCCUCUCCACACAGGCCUGUAUCGAAUACAAUCACUCAAAGGGCUCCAUUCAUUCAUUACCCCACUCUGUGGCCCGUGCAGAGAUUCAAACACACCUUUUCCAUUAUAGAAUACGGAACGAGAGAUGAUUCUAGAAUACAUCUGGAGGAGCGACUGAGGAUCGUAACUUUGCACCACUCGGUGUGCAUAUGCCAUCAUUGACAUGCAUACUUUGUUUUGUAAUUACCCCCAUUGGUGUUGUGGCAUGAGAUUAUUCACUUCUUAUAGUGGCUUGCAAAAGUAUUCACCCCCCUUGGCAUUUUUCCUAUUUUGUUGUCUUACAACCUGGAAUUAAAAUGGAUUUUUGGGGGGUUUGUAUCAUUUGAUUUACACAACAUGCCUACCAAUUUGAAGAUGCAAAAUAUUUUUUAUUGUGAAACAAACAUGAAAUAAGACAGAAAAACAGAAAACUUGAGCGUGCAUAACUAUUCUUUCUUUAAGCAAUGGCUUUUUUCUGGCCACUCUUCCGUAAAGCCCAGCUCUGUGGAGUGCACGGCUUAAAGUGGUCCUAUGGACAGAUACUCCAAUCUCCGCUGUGGAGCUUUGCAGCCCCUUCAGGGUUAUCCUUGGUCUAUUUGUUGCCUCUCUGAUUAAUGCCCUCCUUGCCUGGUCCGUGAGUUUUGGUGGGCAGCCCUCUCUUAGCAGGUUUGUUGUGGUGCUAUAUUCUUUCCAGUUUUUAAUAAUGGAUUUAAUGGUGCUCUUUGGGAUGUUCAAAGUUCCUGAUCUUUUUUUUAUAACCCAACCCUGAUCUGUACUUCUCCACAACUUUGUCCCUGACCUGUUUGGAGAGCUUUGUCUUCAUGGUGCCGCUUGCUUGGUGGUGCCCCUUGCUUAGUGGUGUUGCAGACUCUGGGGCCUUUCAGAACAGGUGUAUAUAUACUGAGAUCAUGUGACACUUAGAUUGCACACAGGUGGACUUUAUUUAACUCAUUAUGUGACUUCUGAAGGUAAUUGGUUGCACCAGAUCUUAUUUAGGGGCUUCAUAGCAAAGGAGGUGAAUACAUAUGCACGCACCACUUUUCCGUAAUCUAUUUUUUUGAAUUUUUUUAAACAAGUUAUUUUUUUCUUUUCACUUCACCAAUUUGGACUAUUUUGUGUAUGUCCAUUACAUGAAAUCCAAAUAAAAAUCAAUUUAAAUUUCAGGUUGUAAUGCAACAAAAUAGGAAAAACGCCAAGGGGGAUGAAUACUUUUGCAAGGCACUGUAUAUUGAUUGGUGUUAAAACCCCACUUCCUUUACCAUGAUGAUGAAUUACAUGCCACUCCUCAGCCUGCCCUUACUCCAAGUGGACAGGGAUUUCUUAUGUCUCUGCCCUAGUUCCUGGGGUAUUUACUACUGUACAGCCCUCCUGCUGCUGGUUGUUCUAGACAGCUACAUGAUGUUGUGUGUCUUUGGUGUUUCAGCCUGAAGUCCUGGAGCAGAUCCAUAACCUAAAGGAGCUGUGGAUGGACAACAACUCACUGCAGAAGAUACCUGGGGUAGGCCUACAGCCCUUCACUACCACAUCCAGUUAUUGUGUCAUUUGUCAUUGGCCUUGAUGAAGUCUGUGCAUGGGGGUAGUGAUGCACUACCAUAGGGAAACUCUUGAAAGACAGUUCCCUCAAACACACAUUAGAACAAUGGCAAGCCGGAGAGAGCGUUCUCUCUCUCUCUCUCUCUCUCUCUCUCUCUCUCUCUCUCUCUCUCUCUCUCUCUCUCUCUCUCUCUCUCUGUCUCUUCCACCCCUCUAACAUCCAUCGCUUCAUGUCUCUCUCUCCCCUUCUGCUGAAGUGUAUAGGGAAGCUGAGGCAGCUGCGCUACCUGGACCUUGCUAAAAACAGGAUUGAGAGCUUGGACACUGACAUCUCUGGCUGUGAGUGCCUGGAGGACCUCCUGCUCUCUUCCAACAUGCUCCAGCAUCUGCCUGACACCAUAGGUGAGGCCAUAGAACUGCUCUGCUCUCUCCCAUCUGCAACAAUAGUAUCUCCUGUUUAGAUUGUCUCUGCUCUCUCCCCUCUGGAACAAUGGUAUCUCCUGGUUAGAUUGUCUCUGCUCUCUCCUCUCUGGAACAAUAGUAUCUCCUGGUUAGAUUGUCUCUGCUCUCUCCCCUCUGGAACAAUAGUAUCUCCUGGUAAGAUUGUCUCUGCUCUCUCCCCUGUGUACAAUAGUAUCUCCUGGUUAGAUUGUCUCUGCUCUCUCUCCUGUGGAACAAUAGUAUCUCCUGGUAAGAUUGUCUCUGCUCUCUCCCCUGUGGAACAAUAGUAUCUCCUGGUUAGAUUGUCUCUGCUCUCUCCCCUGUGGAACAAUAGUAUCUCCUGGUUAGAUUGUCUCUGCUCUCUCCCCUCUGGAACAAUAGUAUCUCCUGGUUAGAUUGUCUCUGCUCUCUCCCCUCUGGAACAAUAGUAUAUCCUGGUUAGAUUGUCUCUGCUCUCUCCCCUCUGGAACAAUAGUAUCUCCUGGUAAGAAAGAAUAAGAAAAAGGAUGAAGAAAGGAUGAUUAGGAGAGAAGGUCGAGAGAGGAUGAUUCAUUCUGUAAUGACUGCGUUCAUCAUGGCGGCUCCUCUUGGAGGUUGUUUUGCCAUUAUCAAUCAUAGGCGUCAUUAAAAUUCCAUUCCUAUUUAGAGAGAAAAAUGUGUUUGUUUGAAUCCUGGAAUUUGAUUUGCACAAACUAUUAAGUUAUUUUGUACUUAAUAAGUUUAUAAAUAAUUUCCUGGCUGUAAAUUAAUCAACCAGUAAGAGGAUUAUGUAGACAAUGGGUUUGAAAAAUUCCUUUUAACUGUGUUCUUCUCUUUUAACUUUGUUUCUCAUAGUGUGUUUGUUCUUUUUUUUAAAUAAUAAAUUACAUAACAUCAAAUAAACAGUGAAACUAGAGUAAUGUUUUUGUCUCCAUUGUAGGAAUGUUGAAGAAGCUUACAACACUAAAAGUCGACGACAACCAACUCACGUCACUGCCUAACACCAUUGGAAGGUGAGUACUUUAUGAAGAAGAGACCGAUUACACUAUUUCGUUUACUUUCACUACUCAGAUUGCAAUCUCUGAACUUCCCUUAAGUCAAAUAAAAUGUUUUGAACUGAUGUCGCCAAAAGCUAAACUACAAACUACAUGUUUAUUAGUUCAUAUCUAUCAUUGAACUGAAUGUUAGUCCGUUUUAAGACAUCUAUUGCAUAACCAAAUUAAAAGCUGUCAGAGACACAUAUUUUGAUGGUAAAUUCAGUUGACACAUUGAAUCUUAAUCUUAGCUCGUCUUCUCUGCCAGUGGUUUGUUGCUGUAGUCAACACGGCCUGUGGAUAGAAGGGUUCUGAAACUCUGCUGUCUCAUUCUGGCACCUUCACCUUGCUGCUGCUUCUCACCUCACAUUGACUAACGCUGAUUGGCUCCAUCACUGUUCACACCAAGUAUAGAGUGAUGUAGUACAUUGUGUCUCAGUUGGCGGCACUGAGAGAGAGAGAGAGAGAGAGAGAGAGAGAGAAAGAGACAUUUUGGGUGUGUGCCAUUCAUUUGUUGUGCAAUAUUUAAAAUGGAGGCUGUCUGAGUGGACUUGACUCUGAUGUAAAAAUGUCGAAAAUCACAAGCUUCCUCUGCUAGUAUUGUAACCUCAAACUCAAACACAACAGCCAGCCAAGUUGAUUUGUUUGUUAUAUAUAUAUAUUAUAUCAGUUUAAUCUGUAAACUAGAAUGAGUCAGAAGCAUUCCUGGGGGUCAAGUCUGAAGACGCCCUGUCACUGAGACUGUGACGUCAUAGGUCAGGGUCACCACCUUACAGCUCAUCAUGUCAUGUUCAUCCUUAUCAUGCCCUACCCCCACUGCUGCUCCCCAAGCCUGUGAUACUGUUUCCUGUACACCUUUUUUCUUGGUUUGUCAUUGGUCGGUUUUGUGUGUUGUGGUUAUUUCACAUGCAUCUAAAAUGGGCCACUUAGUGGACGCGCCAAAUUAGGGUAAGUAGACUGUAAAUCCCUGUCUCCUGUACACGUUCCUCCUCGCCACAGCAUGUUUAUUCAGGCAAGUGCUCACCUUAAUGUCCCCUGUCUGUAUGUUCCGGCCAGGGAAGCAGACCUAGUAAAAGGCCUGCAUAUGGGAGGCCAGCUGGGCCAGCCUGCUCAGACAAAUGUUGAGCUAAUGACUCUGCUGUGUGUACAAUAAAUAAAUACAAUUGUAAAUGGUGAUUGGCCGAAUUCUGAUUGGUUGAAAGCUGUGGUAUGACACAAAAUGACUUGUUUACUGUUCUAAUUACGUUGGUAAGCAGUUUAUAAUACCAAGAAGGCACCUCAGGGUUUGGGGUAUAUAGCCAAUAUACCACGGCUAAGGGCUGUAUCCAGGCACUCCACACUGAGUCGUGCUUAAGAACAGCCCUUAGCUGUGGUAUACUGGCCAUAUACCACACCCCCCCAGGCCAUAUUGCUUAAAUGAAGUCUUUCCCAUGUGGGGAGGCAACUCUUCCCCUCGUCCUCUUCUGUACAUAUACACUGACAUUGUACACUAAACACUGUUGGAGCUUGAAUUUAGAAUUGUUUGAGGCUGUAGAGGACAUUUUAAAACUGGACAGUUGUUGAUUUUGCUCACAUGUUGUCCUUUCAAAUCUGACAAAGAGGCAAGGGCAUUUGACUCAAUAAACACUGUGGCUUUAGAGUUUAAGAUAUAUUAUAAGAUAUAGAGUUAAGUUUGUAAUUCAUGAAGUUCAGUAUUUAAUAUUCCCAGAUUUUGUAUAAAGCAUACUGUUGAUUAUAAUCUGAUUGAAAAGAGAUACUGGCACCACCAGAUAUUGAGUCAGCAACAUUAACUAUUCAUUUUCCCUCAUGGGAUUAAUAAAGUUGAAUCAAUGUAAUUCAUGGUUUGUCUAUAAGAAUCUCUCAUUCUAUCAAGUCAUGGUUUUUGAAUAUUGCCAUGAUCCUCAUGAAUCCAUUUGAUUCAUCAUUUCACUUUUCUGUAGUCUGUACAUGUCUUAGAUGGAUCUACUCUUAUAGGGAACCCAAUUAUGAUUUGUUUCCAUUAAUGUCUCUACACCAAGGAGGGAUCGAUCAUCUGAGGCUGCAUCUGUCAACAACAAAUACAGUCAAUAACAAAUAAUGCAACCUGCGGCUGAAAUGAAUCUACCUGUGGCUUUUCCUCAAAAUGUUUGAGUGAAAUAAUGCUUGUAUCAUUAUGAUAUAUGUACAUGUAAAUGUUCCACUUCAAGAAUUCACAGCCCAUUUUUAGCAUACGAAUUAAGUAGGUCUGCGCUUCGCAGGUUCUUGACGAAAUGAUAUGCACAUAUUAAUAUGGUACAUCAAAGACAUGUGUAGUAGAAAAUCUAUGCUGAUUUGUGGUUGUUUUGCUUGUAUUUUUUAUAGAUAGAGUUUUGGUUAUAGCGCCUUUACACAUGGUGAUGUUACACUAAUAACUAACCAAGUGAAAGUAGCUGUGGCAUGAAGGAUUCUUACAGGACUCAUUCUCCUCUUUCUUCCUCUACUCAGUUUAUCGCUUUUAGAGGAGUUUGACUGCAGCUGUAAUGAAUUAGAGUCCCUGCCCGCCACCAUUGGCUACCUGCCCAACCUUCGCACGUUUUCUGCUGAUGAGAACUUCCUUGUUGAACUACCCAGGGAGGUACGUCCGUCUGUCCCUAUAUCCUCACAGUGCUCCUGUACACUCAAACACAUACACAAUGCAUUUGGUUGUGUAAUUGACAGUGUUGGGGAGUAGUGAACUACAUGUAGUUCAACUAGUAAUGUAACUACAUUUUGCAGUAGCUUGAUGGCAGUUUAACUCAAUUCUGGUAGUGUUUUUAGUAGUUAAUUACUUUUUUGUCAUGUAGCGGUAUAGCUAACUACUGCAACUACACACUACUUUUUUUGCAAAAGAAAAAAUAGGUGUAGUAGGCAAGCAUUUCCUUUCUGCCUAAUUCUCACUUGAAACUUUUAAUACGCUAAAUCACACAUUCUGCUAACAUCUGACUUCAGAGUGAUCUGUUCUUGCAAUAUGUAGUCGAUGGCAUUUCAGAUUUAGAUAUCAUAAUUUAUCACAAAGUAGUUUGGAUGUAGCUUGGCAAACUAUAUUUUCAUAGUAGCUUCCCCAGCACUGGUAAUUGAUAUGGUUUGCUGCAUAGAAGAUGGAAAAUGAUCACUGAAAUGUCCGCUUGCCUCUCUUUUGUUGCAGAUUGGGAACUGUAAGAAUGUGACAGUCAUGUCGUUGCGCUCCAAUAAACUAGAGUUUCUACCUGAUGAGAUUGGGCAGAUGACCAAGCUACGUGUUCUCAACUUAAGCGACAAUAGGUAGCUACUGAUUGCUCUGCUAUGUAUACAUAGCACACUCUAACACACAGAAACACACACACAGAAACACACACACACACAGUGAAUCCAUAUGUUCCUCACACUCGCAUUGACGAGGAAAAGGCUUGUGUUGUGUGUCUAUAUGUUUACAUAGAGCGUAGGUGGAGUGGGGCAUUCUUCUGAGGAUUUUAUAUAAACUAGGGAGGCUAGCUAGUGGUUAUUAUUUUGUUAAUAGCACAUUAAGAUAGCUGCACAGCAUUAGAAAGCACUUCCUCUGCCCACGGGCUAAUUAAGAAAGCUCUUUAUGAGAUGUUUGGUGGUUCUGCCAGUGAUUAACUGGAUCCAAGGUAAUUAAACCUGACCAUCACUUAACACAUGACAGCCAUUAGGCAGAUCUGCCUCCACACGCAGCACCACACACCACAGAGCUGAGCACACAACCAGAUAGGCUACCUGAGAACGGGCAUCGAAUCACCUCAACCCUGCAUCGUUCUACCUACAGUAGCCCACAACACUGUCUCCCUCUGACAGAUUUCUGUUGUCAAAGUGAGGCAAAGUUUGCUGAGCUUGUUGCCAAGGUGAGUGGUGGGUGUCAGUCAGUCAGUCAGUCAGUCAGAGGCAGGCAGGCUGUGAUUGUUCCGUGGCAGAGGAAUACUAUUGGCUUUUCACAGGGGACUUAAUGAUGAUCUGUGUCCUUGAACACAUCAGAACACAAUGUACUCAUUGAGAUGAUAUGCCUUCUUACUCCACAUUUCGUCUUCUUCUCCCUUACACAGAUUAAAGAAUCUCCCAUUCACUUUCACCAAACUAAAAGAUCUUGCUGCUCUUUGGCUAUCAGACAAUCAGGUAAACAUGAUCGUUUAUGUUCUUUUGUUGGAAAAAAUCACACCUUUACAUUUUCGGAUCGAUUCUAUUGUUUUACCUGUGUAUUAGCUAUACUUGAAGCGUUAAUGAUGUGUGAAUGUCUGCUGUAUGCAGUCCAAGGCCCUGAUCCCCCUCCAGACAGAGGCCCAUCCAGAGACCAAGCAGAGGGUCCUCACCAACUACAUGUUCCCUCAGCAACCACGACAUGAUGAGGGUGAGCUAGCCAAAUACUGUGGGUGGAAAUGUAACACAUGCUGACAUGAGGGAAAAUCCUCAUAGCCAAGUAUUCCCACAAAGUGGAUGUUGCAGUUCUAUGAAUAUGUGAUCACUAAGGUGCCAUGGAUAUGUAUUCACAAUUGAUUAAUGGUGCUUGAAAUAACACUGUUAUCCCUCAUAGUAAUGGGUAUAGUGAUAUGUGUGCAGAGCAUGUGUCACUGAACUACCCUUUGAGGGUCAGAUAGACUUAAGGUGUACAUUUACUCAGGGAUUGAAUCCAUUUUGAGGUUCCACUUGAGGGAGUUUGACAGAUGGUUAGGUUAGGUGCCAGUGCACUGUAUGCUGGUGGUGAAGUGAGCAUGUCAGAACAGCACCAGUGUGAGACCAGUGCACAAUAAGUCAGUGACACCUCCCUGUUUCUCUGCCCGUCCUCUCUGUAGACUACCAGUCAGACAGUGACAGUUUCAACCCCGCCUUAUGGGAGGAGCAGCGUCAGCAGAGGAUGACCGUAGCCUUUGAGUUCGAGGAGAAGAAGGAGGAGGAGGACAACUCUGGAAAAGUCAAGGUUUCACAGGACUUCCUGUUGACCUCAGUUUCCCCCGUUUUUAUGAUUUGAUUUUAUUACCGCUCAUUUUGCUCGUCCUGUCUUCCCAGGUUGAGAUCAAUCUGAAGCGCUACCCCACACCGUACCCAGAGGACCUAAAGAACAUGGUGAAGUCAGUGCAGAACAUGGUGGGCAAGAACCAGCAUCCCCUCAGCACUGGUACUAACUCCUCUGGUACCAACAUGGAGUCACGAAAACAAGAACAGUAUGAGCCUCCCUGGCCCAUGCCCCCCAAAGAGGUAACAGACCAGGUCACACCACACACCCAGAGACUUACAUAUACCACCAUACUCUCUCUCACACACACAUAUACAAAAACAAAUGCAUAGGUUAUACAUAGUCCUCUUUGGCUGAAUGGGAUAGAUAUGUGUCACCCAGUCACUCAGAGUGAUCUUCUGUUCCAGGUGAUGGAAAGAGAGAUGAAAGAGAGAGAAAGAGAGUUCAACAAGGCUCAGAUGACAGAGCAGGGCAUCAUCCACAAUUCUGCCAUCGACAUCCCAAAGCGCAAGGAUGAUCUGACUGAGAGCUCAGAGGUACAGGAGCAAAUUCGUGAUCUCUUUGUGGACAUGUUAAAAAGUUUGUAGUGCUUAUUACACUCUUGUAACACCAGGAAAACAAAACAAAACAACAGCUUGUAUUGGGCACGGUGGGGGAGGGAGGAACGACAUGAAUGUUUACACUGCAGCCUCAAGGUCCUCUCAGGCCGUUAUGUCAGAUUUAGUCCUCAAUUGCCUUGGACAUCUCAAUGUGAGAGUUCAGGUAGAGGUGAGACCAGCUGUAUUGAACUGAAUUUCAUUAAAAGAACUGGGGUCAUUUUCAAAGGCAUAGAUGAAUGUUGUAUCAGGUUUCAGUGUUUUUGACUUAUGGCCAGGUGUGACAAAGUUUGAGAGGGCAAUGUAUUAAACCCAGGGCCAUGGGACUGUGGCGCAGCAGCUUUUUAGAGGUGAUGUGAUUGAAACCUGCAGAGAUCAUAGGACCCUUUCAUCUGGAAGCCUCAAAGCCCCCAUGAUGGCGUCAAUGGGGUCUUUGUUCAAUCGUUAGCUCUCUCUCUGAAUACGCAGAGGAGUCAGUGUCAGACAAGUAGUCUGCUGAGAUGCUGUUUUCAGUGUUUUUUAUGCUGUGUGCAAAAAGGUGCAUUAUCUUGGCAUAAUAACAUAUUGUGGCUGAAAUGGAGGUUAACUCGGCCAUAACUCUAAUGUCAAGUAUUAGUGCAUUUGCAAGUCCCCAGGGGGCAACCUGGCGCUGAAUUUGUAGCCUGUAAUAAGGCUUGAAAUACUGCACAACGAACAGCAGAGGCUGUUGAACAAACAGAGCAAAGGUCAGUGUUAAAUGUCAAUUGCAUUCAGAGGACUCCAAGAGGCUAGAUCUGAAUAGGUGAUUUCUAAGCGCCUGUUCCCAGAGUCAAGUGGUCAGCAUCUGGAGAUGAAUAAAGCAGAUCAUACAAUAUGUAUCUUGUAUCUUCUUACUGGCAUUUAUUUGUAAGCUCUAUAGGAGCCCAGAGUUUGGGCCAUUUACAUCAGGGUUGUAAAUGCUCUCGUGCUGGUUGUUAGUCCUUUUAACAUUGCAUAGAUUUAAGUUAAGAUGAGAUGUAGAUUAGUUUUUAUUUUAACCUGUAAGAUGAAAAUACAUCUAGAAUCCCUUUUCCAGUAGAAGUAGGCUCCAACUUCCAAGGUGUCAGGUAGCAACCACUUAUUUUCAUUUAAGCUGGAAGGUCCUCCUGUGCUUGGCAAACUCUGCUAUAUCUCUACCUCUCUGUGAAGUGCGUUGACAGAGCUGCAAUGUCCUGUGUACUUUGUGUUCAUUACUGCUUUGGAUUGCCUCAUGCUGUCUCCUCCCAUAAAGCCCCAGGGAGAGAGAGACCCUUGGGUGCCGCGGUGACGCAAUGAGAACUGGGGCACUGGGUGGGGGGAUGGAGGGGUGUGGGUGCUGAUGCCAUAAACCAUGCUUCUUUACCGCACACAUGCUUUCUUUUGUAGAACCAUGAAAACUUCCUCUCCAUCUUUUAUUUGUUUGUUUGUUUUGCUUAGAUUUCUUUACAUCGCGUGGUUCCCAAGCUGCCACAGCCAGAGAAUACGUCCUCGGCCAUUACAGCUUCUUCCUGUUUCUGCCUCAUAGUAAGUGGCUGUGAGAUCAGACAUUAGACAGUCUGCUCAACCACGGCUCGGCUGGCGUGACUUCACACUGCCUCUUUGCACGCUGACAAAGACUAUAAAACAUCUGGAGAAACAAAGUCUGAGUGUCAUGAAAUAUGAAGAUGAAAGCUGAUAACAGCCACACUCUCUAUUGCAAAGAUGAAUGAACAAUGUAAACUGUAGAUAUGUAAUGUAUAUCAUGUACAGUACUUAUGAAGAGGAACAUUUUGUAUGCAAAGUCUGUGCAUCAUAGCAUAUAUAGUAUACACAGUAGUGUGCAAACGGGCAGUAGACUGGCAGUGCCAAAGCUAACUCCAGCACUUAGUGGCAUCACACACUACAGUCUCUUCACAGCUGUUUGUUUUGAGUUAAUCAAGCAUUCCUCUGAGACGUGGCCAAAGCAUCAAGCCUGCCAUACCAAUUACUCCCAGCCACAGAGAAGGUGCUGAUAACCUUGGGAGUGAUUUAAGGUGGCAUUUUUACCCAAAGCAGAAAGCGGUUGCAGCUGUCAUUGCGUGUCAUUUAACUCCUGCACUGAACAUGCUAAACCCUCAUAGUAGCCCCAUCAUGGAUAUGGAUUGUAUUUAUAGACAUUAAAUGAUAUGUUUUGAAACAUAUAGCGCAGAAGUAUUGGAAAUAUUGCAAUGUCUUUUUUACAUAAGAGAAAAAGAAGCUGGAGGGAGAUACAGAUAUGCCGGUGAGCCACUGCUGUGUAGUAAGUGUUCCUGGGAUGUGGUUCCAGGAGUUGCCAGGCAAGCAGGCCUGGUGGUCUCUCUCCGCUCGGCUGCCUCAGCCUGCCCUGUGUGGGUGCAGUGAGCAGAGCAGGGCUGCAGAUGUGGGACAUCAGGUGUGGGAAGUAGGCUCUCCUGUAACAGGCAGCUGGGCCUCUGAGCCCUAAGAGAGCAGGAAGUCACAGAUAGAACAUGCUCCAGUGGGUUACACAUCACUAAGAAAUAGAGAAAGUAUAUCAGUUCUGAUGACACUAUCAGUACAAGCAGUACAAAAACGAUCAGUUAUGUACUAUAUUUGUGUCCUUUUGUUAGUUCCUGCCUCAGGAACCUCACUGAGCUUGUGGAGUUAAGUCGUUGAAGCUGUUAACCAAGCUGUGUAUGUGUUUCUGUCUUUUUGUCUUUUGUUCAGAAAUAACUAUGUGUAAUAACACAUUAUCUUUUUCUCAGGAUUCUAUGAGCGGCUCUCCGAAUGAUAUCCGUAUCUCUGAUAUGAGGCCCACCCUGGUGGAACCGCCCAUGUACAAACCAAAGGUUGUAUUACUGGGGAAAGACAAGAAAGGUAGGCCCUAAACUCCCAAAUCUGGUAUUCUACUUCAGUACAAACACAACCAUUAUCAUUAAGGUUAUAUAAAAAUGCUAUAAAUUAGCCUAUUAGUGAUGUUAGAGGUCAAAGAUCAUGCCCCCAAGACAUGCUAACCUCCCCUGUUAUUGGAAAUGGUGAGAGGUUAGCAUGUCUUGGGGGUAUAAUCUUUGACCCUCUGUAACUUUCUCACUCAUUGUUAUUCACGAUUCAUUCAGGAUUAUCCGUAAUAAUGGUAGCAUCCACAUUAAUGUAGUGUUUAGAAAUAUAUUAUAUUAUUAUUUCUAAUAAAAGUGACUCCAAAAAGACACAAUACAUUAUUUACCGUUCAUUUCUAUUGGGCACAAAACAAUCUGAAACACAACCAAAACGAACUGAAAAUGCAUCCAACAAGUUUGUAGAGUCACAAUCUUGAUGUAGUCAUUGCGUGCUAAGAACAUGGGACCAAAUACUAAACUUUUUACUACUUUAUUUAUACGAAUCUUUAGGGGUGUCAAUAGUUUUUACCCCUACCUUUUUGAGAAAAACAAUGAUUACUUGUUAAACAAAAUCUCUUUCUCUGAACAAUUGUAUUAGUAUAAAAUAAUAUAAUUUCCCAAUGUUUUAAAUGUAUUUUAUAGUCAUUAUUGCUCAUCUUUAUCAAGGGUGACCCCACCGUAUAUAUCUUGAGACCAUACUUUCAAACUGGUUUUUUCUCCUACUCUGAUAAACCAGAGAGUAAGCUGAUUGACUAGUUGCUGCAGGCCAUUUGUGCUGAUAUCUCAAUCGGUGGGAGGCUGACCCGCUAUCAGUAAAAACACUCACUCUCCGCUCUUAUCCUGUUCUGACAUGAAAAAGCCUCAAGCUUUCUAAACUCUACAGUGAAAAUCCCUGUGUUUGCUAUUGUUAUUUCUAAUUGCAUAUGCGUUUCCUCCUGUGAGAUUACAAAACAUAGUCCUGCAAUGCACAAUUAUUAUAUAAUGUCCUUGGGGAGUGUUGUAUCCUAAUUAGGUAUGGUAUAAAGCAUAAGGGCGAUUCCAUACCAGCGGGAGCGGAAAAUAUUUUUGGUACCUCAGAUUGUUCUGGCAAUUCUCACAUAGAAACUGAAUUGUGGAUUAAGGAUGUUUAACAUGCUUUUUACAUUUGUAUCACAAACCAUGUUUUUGAAAAUCAUGAUGAAAUUGAACAUUUCAGGCCCUUUUUAGACCUAUACGUGCCUCCUGUAAGACCUUAUGAUCCGUGAACUGUACAUGAUACAUACAACAUAUUGGUGUCAUUACACUCCUUAUAGUGUGUUCUAACAUAUGGAGUAUGUCUAGAUUCUGAAAUACAAAUGUUCACAUUCAUUUAUUCAACAUUACAAAUAUUAAUAUCUACUACCCUUUUUGAUUUUGUUCAUUUUAAGACAUAUUGUUUGGAACAAUAUACUCUACAAGUACAUCACAUUUCCAGAGUGGGCUCUCUGCUAAUUCUGAAGGUAUGAUACCUUUUAUGAGCACCACAAACACAGUGAAUGGGAAAAUGGAUUCAAUGGGAACUCCCUCUGCUGGUGACUUGCUGAAUGUGCAAUCCUAAAGGAGGGCUGUGAUUGGUUACUGACCUAUAAUGUCAAUUUCUAUGUAUAAAAUGGGUAAAAUCAUUAAAGGUACCAGAGAGCCCACUCUGGAAAUGUGACAUGAGAUAUUAAUAUUUUUCAUAUUGAAUAAAUAAACGUGAAAAUGUGGAUCCCCUGCUGAUUUUGUACGUUUGCCCACUGACAAAGACAUGAUCAGUCUAUAAUUUUAAUGGUAGGUUUAUUUGAACCGUGAGAGACAGAAUAACAACAAAAAAAUCCAGAAAAACGCAUGUCAAAAAUAUUAUAAAUUGAUUUGCAUUUUAAUGAGGGAAAUAAGUAUUUGACCCCUCUGCAAAACAUGACUUAGUACAUGGUGGCAAAACCCUUGUUGGCAAUCACAGAGGUCAGACGUUUCUUGUAAUAAUAAUAAUAAUAAUAAUAAUAAUAAUAAUAAUAAUAAUGUAGUUGGGCACCAGGUUUGCACACAUCUCAGGAGGGAUUUUGUGCCACUCCUCUUUGCAGAUCUUCUCCAAGUCAUUAAGGUUUCGAGGCUGACGUUUGGCAACUCGAACCUUCAGCUCCCUCCACAGAUUUUCAAUGGGAUUAAGGUCUGGAGACUGGCUAGGCCACUCCAUUAAAAAGACCUUAAUGUGGUCUUCUUGAGCACUCCUUUGUGGCCUUGCCUGUGUUUUGGGUCAUUGUCAUGCUGGAAUCCCAUCCAUACCCAUUUUUCAAUGCCCUGGCUGAGGAAGGGAGAUUCUCAACCAAGAUUGAUGUGUACAUGUCCCCCGUUCCAUCAUCCCUUUGAUGCGGUGAAGUUGUCCCUUCCCCCCUUAGCAGAAAACACCCCAAAGCAAAUGUUGCCACCUCCCAUUUUUUGACGAAUUGUUUUCUUGGUGACUAUGGUCCCAGCUGCCUUGAGAUCAUUGACAAGAUCCUCCCGUGUAGUUCUGGGCUGAUUCCUCACCAUUCUCAUGAUCAUUGCAACUCCACGAGGUGAGAUCUUGCAUGGAGCCCCAGGCCGAGGGAGAUUGACAGUUCUUUUGUGUUUCUUCCAUUUGCGAAUAAUCGCACCAACUGUUGUCACCUUCUCACCAAGCUGCUUGGCGAUGGUCUUGUAGCCCAUUCCAGCCUUGUGUAGGUCUACAAUCUUGUCCCUGACAUCCUUGGAGUGCUCUUUGGUCUUGGCCAUGGUGGAGAGUUUGGAAUCUGAUUGAUUGAUUGCUUCUGUGGACAGGUGUCUUUUAUACAGGUAACAAGCUGAGAUUAGGAGCACUCCCUUUAAGAGACACCUGGGAGCCAUAAAUCUUUCUGAUUGAGAGGGGGUCAAAUACUUAUUUCCCUCAUUAAAAUGCAAAUCAAUUUAUAACAUUUUUGACAUGCGUUUCUCUGGAUUUUGUUGUUGUUAUUCUGUCUCUCACUGUUCAAAUAAACCUACCAUUCAAAUUAUAGACUGAUAAUGUCUUUGUCAGUGGGCAAACGUACAAAAUCAGCAGGGGAUCAAAUACUUUUUUCCCUCACUGUAUGUGUUCUGUAUCAUGUACAGUUCACGGAUCAUAAGGUCUUACAGGAGGCAUGUAUAGGUCUAAAAAGGGCCUGAAAUGUUCCAUUUCAUCAUGAUUUAAAAAAACAUGGUUUGUGAUACAAAUAUAAAAAGCAUGUUAAACAUCCUUCCUCCCAAUGAAGUACCUAUGUGAGAAUUGCCAGAAAAAUCGGAGAUACCAAAAAUAUUUUUUGCUCCCGCUACGUGGAUCACCCAUGUUAAUUGCAAUACUUACAAAAUGACUCGCUGUUGGAUUGAGGAGAGAAGCAUCCAAUUCUCUCCAGUAGCUUUUGCUCCCCUGGUGACCCAGCUUUAACCCACAUUUCAAGUGGUAAACAUGAGCAGUGACCUUUUGAAAAUAAGAUAUCUCCUUAAGCCCUUAUUCAAAUUCAUUUCACAGGUAGAUGACAUCAGAGACAUAUCAAUGCUUUUCUCUCGUCCUUCCCUGUCAGAGUCUACAGAUGAAUCAGACCCAGAUAAGAUGCAUUGCCUGAACAACAGUGGCUCGUCAGCCACCUACUCGGACUACUCUCCAUCCCAGGGUUCUUCUGGCUCCUCCAACCCCCCGGGGAACGUGGCCGCCCUGCAGGCUGCUGGGAAGGAUGGAGGAGUGCCUCAACAACACUGGACCAACAGGUGGGUAGUAGCUCACCGACUUUCAACCCACAGUCCUCACACAGAACCAGUGGCUAGCCACAGACACACGCCUGAUAGCAAGCUUACUGUGACCUAUGAUCGACAUCGGUCCUCCAUCAGCAAAAUCAGAGGCUCAGCAUAGGUCCACAUCGUCUGUUUGCUGACCAGGGUCCGAUAUCAGUUUGCCUACCAUGGUGUGCUGCCUCAGCCACCUGUGGUCUGAUAAGUGCUUGCUAGCUGGGUCACUUCCAGUACUGUUCUGUACUGUGUAAAUAUUCGUUUAGCAGGCAUCGAUUCCACCUGUCCGUUUCUUGAGACAGGGAUGUUGUGUAGAGCACCUGGGUGAACAGGAGUUGGAACUCCAACUGUCAAGAGGCUGUGUGAGGGGAGAGAGUGGUGCAACAAGGCUAUUUUACAUCUCUCAUUAACAUAUAUCUCCAUAAGACUGAGAGAGCGCAGCACAGCACACCUCUCUCUCUCUCUCUCUCUCUCUCUCGCUCUCUCUCUCUCUCUAUCGCUCUCUCUCUCUCGCGCUCUCUCUCUCUCUCGCUCUCUCUCUCGCGCUCUCUCUCUCGCUCUCUCUCUCGCUCUCUCUCUCGCUCUCUCUCUCUCUCCGCUCUCUCUCUAUCUCGCACUCUAUCUCUCGCACGCUAUAUCUAUCUCUCUCCUCUUAUCUCUAUCGUCUCUCUCUCUCUCUCUCUCCCUCUCGCUCUCUCUCUCUAUCUCUAUCCUCUAUCUUCUCUUCUUCUCUCUCUUCCCUCUCUCUCUCUCUUGCUCUCUCUCUCGCGCUCUCUCUCGCUCUCUCGCCUCUCUUCUCGCACUUCUCUCAUCUCUCUUCUCUCUCUCUCUCUCCGCUAUCUCUCUCUUCUCUCUCUCUCUCUCUUCUCUCUCUCUCUCUCUCUCUCUCUCUCUCUCACUCCACGGGCCCCCUCAUCUCUCUCUCUCUCUCCCUCUCUCCUCUCAGUCUCACCCCAACCAGGUCAGAGGGAACAGUUCCUAUCCCACUCUCAUCUUCGUUGAAAUGCAGCUGAAACCCUACCAUUUUAUCUUACUGAAUCUUGGCUACAGAUGGAGCUCUCACUGAAAGAGCCUUUUUUCAUCUGUGGAUAAAAUUCGUGUUGACUUGUUUGAUAUUCCUACUGUUACUUUCAGACCUCUAUGGAAAACAGUCCAGCUCAAAUCAGACAUAUUUUCCUUUGAUGAUAUACACUGCUCAAAAAAAUUAAAGGGAACACUUAAACAACACAUCCUAGAUCUGAAUGAAUGAAAUAAUCUUAUUAAAUACUUUUUUCUUUACAUAGUUGAAUGUGCUGACAACAAAAUCACACAAAAAUGAUCAAUGGAAAUCAAAUUUAUCAACCCAUGGAGGUCUGGAUUUGGAGUCACCCUCAAAAUUAAAGUGGAAAACCACACUACAGGCUGAUCCAACUUUGAUGUAAUGUCCUUAAAACAAGUCAAAAUGAGGCUCAGUAGUGUGUGUGGCCUCCACGUGCCUGUAUGACCUCCCUACAAUGCCUGGGCAUGCUCCUGAUGAGGUGGCGGAUGGUCUCCUGAGGGAUCUCCUCCCAGACCUGGACUAAAGCAUCCGCCAACUCCUGGACAGUCUGUGGUGCAACGUGGCGUUGGUGGAUGGAGUGAGACAUGAUGUCCCAGAUGUGCUCAAUUGGAUUCAGGUCUGGGGAACGGGCGGGCCAAUCCAUAGCAUCAAUGCCUUCCUCUUGCAGGAACUGCUGACACACUCCAGCCACAUGAGGUCUAGCAUUGUCUUGCAUUAGGAGGAACCCAGGGCCAACCGCACCAGCAUAUGGUCUCACAAGGGGUCUGAGGAUCUCAUCUCGGUACCUAAUGGCAGUCAGGCUACCUCUGGUGAGCACAUGGAGGGCUGUGCGGCCCCCCAAAGAAAUGCCACCCCACACCAUGACUGUCCCACCGCCAAACCGGUCAUGCUGGAGGAUGUUGCAGGCAGCAGAAUGUUCUCCACGGCGUCUCCAGACUCUGUCACGUCUGUCACAUGUGCUCAGUGUGAACCUUCUUUCAUCUGUGAAGAGCACAGGGCGCCAGUGGCGAAUUUGCCAAUCUUGGUGUUCUCUGGCAAAUGCCAAACGUCCUGCACGGUGUUGGGCUGUAAGCACAACCCCCACCUUUUUUGCAGGGCUCUGGCAGUGAUCCUCCUGCUCCUCCUUGCACAAAGGCGGAGGUAGCGGUCCUGCUGCUGGGUUGUUGCCCUCCUACGGCCUCCUCCACGUCUCCUGAUGUACUGGCCUGUCUCCUGGUAGCGCCUCCAUGCUCUGGACACUACUCUGACAGACACAGCAAACCUUCUUGCCACAGCUCGCAUUGAUAUGCCAUCCUGGAUGAGCUGCACUACCUGAGCCACUUGUGUGGGUUGUAGACUCCGUCUCAUGCUACCACUAGAGUGAAAGCACCGCCAGCAUUCAAAAGUGACUAAAACAUCAGCCAGGAAGCAUAGGAACUGAGAAGGGGUCUGUGGUCACCACCUGCAGAACCACUUCUUUAUUGGGGGUGUCUUGCUAAUUGCCUAUAAUUUCCACCUAUUGUCUAUUCCAUUUGCACAACAGCAUGUGAAAUGUAUUGUCAAUCAGUGUUGCUUCCUAGGUGGACAGUUUGAUUUCACAGAAGUGUGAUUGACUUGGAGUUACAUUGUGUUGUUUAAGUGUUUUUUUUCGAGCAGUGUAUUUCUAAAAAGAUUCCCUUUGAAAUGCCAGCAGUAUAGCUUGAGGCAAACAUUCUUUAAAAUACACAGUACCUUUCUAUUUGAAUGCAGCCUUUGAUUUUACCUAUCAAAACUCGAGGUCAAGGAAGACAUCUGUAUUUCAAAUCAUAUUUUCAGGUCGAUUAUGAAUGUUGCGCUCUAUUCUAUGUGCUUACUCUCUUUCUGCAGGCUGGUCCAGCAGUUCCCCAAGCCCAUUGAGACCAAGCCACUACUGAGUCAGAGAGACCCCAGAGAGACCCCUCCCUCCAGCACACUGCAGCAGCGCAGUGAGCGACGCCCCCUCAGCGACACCUUUGACCAGUGGAACGAUACCUCCCACUACGACAACACAGGCUUCGUGUCUGAGGAGGCUCCUCUGGAGACCCCCAGUGGUAGCAGUAGUGGUAACCCCAUGCUGGGCUCCAAGUCCCGCAGCUCCUCCACCUCCCACGGGGGCCGCCGGCCCCUCAUGAGGCAGGAGCGCAUUGUGGGCGUCCCCCUGGAGCUGCAGGAGGCCCCUCACCAACACCAACACCCCUCCCACCAAUUCCAUAAUGUCCGCACCACGCCCGAAACUGAAGUGCCUCAGCCUCCCCCUCCCAACCCAUGGCAGAACUGGACGCGAACGCCCAGCCCCUUCGAGGACCGCACAGCUUUCCCCUCCAAACUGAGCUCCCCAGGCAACAGCCCCAACCCUGACCGCAAGGACUUUGAGCAGGAGAUGCAUCAUGGGGAGCUGCCGGGCACGUUCCCCUCCACAGGGACAUGGGGUUACCUAGACUCCAGGAACUCGGGGCAGGGUCAGGGGCGCAGCAACCAGCAGGCCAACAUGUCCAGCAUGUACCAACAUGUCCAAUCCAAGCCCACUAGACCAAGCUCUGGGGCCAUGGUGAUGAGCAAGAGCUCUGAGCGCCUCUCUCCCAUGAUGAAGGAGGUGAAGGCUAAGUUCAAGAAGUCCCAGAGCAUUGACGAAAUAGACAUGGGCUCCUAUAAGGUGUACAGCAUCCCCGUGGACAGCUACAGCUCCAGCAUAGAGAACCAGGGGAGUGUUGACCGUCCAGACAUGCCAGCACCCAUGGAGCAGAGCAUGUCCCGCAGCCAGUCUGCCCCCAUGCUGGAUGAUGAUGACGCCUACGGCACCAAUAGCCAGCAGCAGAAGCCUGCCAUCCCCAAGAAGGUCUACCACUUCGACCAGAGCUUCAACCCUCAGGGGGCUAUGGAUAUGAGGAAUCAGCAACAGGAGAGGAGGGCCCCUCCGCCCUUCCCCAACACCCCUGAGUAUGUCAACCAGCCGGGGAAGACCCUGCCCAAAGAGCUGGUGAGCCCCAGGGGCUACCGGGGUUACCCGCCCAUGGACCAGAUGUUCUCAUACUCUCAGCCCUCAGUUAACGAGGAGAACCAGCCACCCCAGCAGCAGCAACCCUUCCCCAUCCCCAGUCAGCGCUCCCGGCCUGGGUUCCUGAGGCGGGCCGACUCCCUGGUCAGCUCCACAGAGCUGGCUCUGUUCCGCAGGGUUCAGGAGGCCCAGGAGAUGCAGCAGAUGUCGGACCACUAUGGCCGGCAGCACUUCAAAGGCAUGCUGGAGCAACAGAACAGUCCCAGCAUGGCCCAGCAGGACCAACAGUACAACAAGAGGAAUGGCAGGUACGAGGAAGACUAUUCCUCCUACCAGGAGCCCAAGAAGCCUAUCAUGGGCUACCCCACCAAGAGCCUGACACAGCGACGCCCCCUGUCGGCCAGGAGUUACAGCACAGAGACAUUUGGGGCGUCCCAGGCCAGGCCUGUGUCUGCCAGACCCACAAUGGCUGCCCUGUUGGAGAAGAUGCCCCCAGAUUAUAAUCUAAGCACUUGCACUGAGAAUAUAAAGAGCCCUGAUGAGAUCAAAAUGCGCACCAUGCAGCUGCAGCAUAAGUCUGAUGAUAUGUCCUCUAAAAUGCCAGUAGACUGGCGGCAACAGCUGCUUAGACAUAUAGAGGCCAAACGAUUAGACCGGGUAAGUCUGACAACUUCUUAUUCACCUUGGGAACACACAGUUUAUUACAUGAUCACACACCAUCUAUAUGGGAGCUUCUGUUGUCUUGACACACACGCCACAUGUCUGCAUGACUGUCAGUAUUAAUGAACGUGUUCAGUCCACUGCUUAGUAAUGUGCUCCAGUUGUGGCACCAGACCCACUUGAUGUUUCUCCAUGUAUGUUUAUCACUUAUGUUGAUUGUGAUAAGAAGCACAAACAUGGUAAGGUUUCCUCUCUACCUCCUUUCUCUUCUUUCUCUUCUCUUUAAUUUUCUUUCUACUAUUACUGUUAGUAUGAUAUCAUACUUUAACAAGAAAAAUAUAUCUGUCUGUACUACUACAAUUUGGGUCAGUUUCCCUAACACUGAUUAAGCCUAGUUCUAAACUAAAAAGCUCUCCAGGACUAGGCUUAAUCUGGGUCUGGGAAAUCGGCCCUUGAUAAUAUAGGCAAAUACUUCAGUGCUAUACAUCUCUUAAAGAAAAGUGCAUACUGUUGCUUGUAUGGUAUACGUAAUCAUACUGUAUCCAUGAGUGUGUUUUUAAUGUGUUUGUGCUGGUACUGUAGUAACUCUGUACUGUUGUUGUUCUGUUUGUCAAGCUCACUUUAUCUGUUGCAGCUACGCAAUGUGUGUUGGUGCAAUCCCGUUUACCCAGUGGCUCACCCAUUUACUCAUGUCACGCGGUUGUUUCCCUCCAAUCAGAGCGCUGUCCUUAAGCACAACACAGUAAACUUCGGCAUGCUGUACUCUGGAGGCUAUGCCGCACCGCAUGCCGGCAGAAGCAUGACAAUAAACUUUUACAAUAACACGAAUAAGCAUGAAAACCAAACAACACAGUGGCUACCUCUACCCAAUGUGAGUAUGAACCAGAAAACACAGAAACAGUCUCAGUGCAGUUGAACCCUUUAACAUUCAUGUGAUAGAGAGUGUACUGCAUUUUUACUGUUUUUUUUAAGGAUAAAAGCUUAAAAACAAAAUUUAUCAUAAGAAGCACAAUAUUACCAAUAACUACAAUUGCCUUACAAUGGAGAAUGUGAAUUUUUUUUAUCACUUCCUUAAAUAUUGAAAUGCUAUGCUUGUAUAUCUUUUUUAUUAUAGUCCAUAUUUCAACAUCAAACAAAAACUAGUCUACAGAUAUACCAUGACAUUUGAUGGGCUAAGCCUCAUGUAUGACAGUAUCAGUAUAGAAUCCAUAGUGAAGCCGAGUAUUUUACAAUUUCUCAGCCAAAUGACACCAACUGUGUCGGUGUGAAACAAGCCUUAAAAUGACUGACAUGGCAAUCCCUCCCAUUUCAACUUCAAGCCAAGUGCUGUCUUUUAUCUGUUGUCUGAAAUCUUAAAAUGUCUGCGGUGUGUUGCAUGUCUGCAAUCUAUGUGUCAGCUACAGUGUCCGCUCUGCUCUAUGGGUUACAGCAGUCCUCUGUGCUAUUAUUACUGUGUAAGGCUAUUAUUGUACUCUGUGUCACUCAGUAGCCUCAAUCCAAUGGAGCCUAGUGAAUAGACACCAUGCAUUUCAGGACAUAGACAAGCACAUUGUAAUAAAAAGCAGAGAUUGUAUCAGAGUUUCUUGCUUGAUAAUGUUUCUCAUGUAGGUAUUUUAGUGCCUAAAUAAUAUAUCCUUUUGAAGGCCAACCCUGUCAGAAUAUCUCUAAACCUGUCACAAUCUAAUCUUAACAAAAAAGUAUUGUAUGUGGAUAAAUGACAGGAGGCAAAUAUCCCAACUAAUAUAUUCAUACGCAUAGGACUUUAAGCUUACUAUUAUAAAGAAGUUAAGGUCAUGAUUGAUCCAAGGACACCCACUGGUUUACUAUCUGCAGUGCUCCAUCAAUAGUAUUAUUAUUAUCAACGAUUAUAACCUUAUAAUUAACACAGUAAAUAUAUUCAUCUUUAUCUCUGGUAAAACUGUUGUCAUUUUUGCAGAAAACACAGGUUACCCCCAUAGCCGUAAUGAUACUCUGAACCCUGUUCCUUUAACCUAUUCUCUCUCCAGACCCCCUCUCAACAGAGCAAUAUAUUAGACAACGGCCAGGAGGUGGGCUCUCCCACCACUCAGUGGGCCCCCUACUCACUGGGCAGGAGAGACGUGCCCCCAGAAAACAUCAUGAAAAAGGUUGGUGCUUUACACUGGCAAAGGACCGGGAGAGAGGCCUGUUUGAAGUGUUAGAUAUGUGGUGUAAUGUCACUGUUAAUUUGACCCUAAACUAUGCUGAUGAAAUAGUGCUCAUUAUCACCCAAUUUGCUGACUGAAACAUUGGGCUUGUAGCUCAUUCAUGUAUUUAUUUAUGACAUACCAGUACAUUUAAUGUCAAACCGUAAUACACCACCACACAACCAUUGUUUUUAAACAAAGGUGACAUUACAAGGACAUACAGUAUAACCACAUAAUACUUCAAAAAGGAUCCCCUGUCUUGUCCCUGUUGUACUUCUUAAGGUUCCUCCACCUGUUCUUUUAAGAUGGGCUCCUUUAUUUAGCUGUGAUUGCUAUGUCAAUGUUGUUAAAUGUCAGGAGUAAUUGCUAAGCACCAUGAAUCAUUCAAGCAGCGCUCCAUUCUUGCUUGGUCUCCCUGGCAACCUCUGUUUGUCAGUUAGUUUGGCAGUCAUUUCAUUGUGGUCACAUUCUAGCCAUCAGUCUCUGUGCAAGAAUAAUGAAAACGGUAAACCAGGGACUUCCUAUGAAAUAUUAAUGCACAGAGAAAACUGUGGGUUGUGUAUCCUGUUUUAUUACUUGUACGCGCUUAGAAAAAAGGGUUCCAGAAGGGUUCUUCGGCUGUCCCCAUAGGAGAACCCUUUUUGGUUCCAGUUAGAACCCUUUUUGGUUUCAGGUAGAACUCUUUUGGGUUCCAUGAAGAACCCUAUGUGGAAAGGGUUCUACAUGGAACCAAAAAGGGUUCUUCAAAGGGGUUCUCCUAUGAGGACAGCCGAAGAACCCUUUUAGGUUCUAAAUAGCACCUUUUUUCGAAGAGGAUCAUGUAGGACGAUAGGAUUUGCAGGCUUGAAGAAAACCAAACUAACAGAGAUAGGGGCUGAAGCAUGCUGCACCUCAUCUGUCUGUUAUCCGCCAUUUUGUAAGACGUGACGUUUGCAUCUUUGCAGCUUCCUGACUCUUUGCCUAACGGGUUGAAUUACCCACAGGCAGGCGGCCACCACCCCCACCCCCACCCCCACCCCCACCCCCACCCCCACCAAUCACAGACCAUGAUCGUGACGUCCGCGUCGGCCACACCCCCACACCGCUCGGUGCGGGACCAGCAGUACGAGGGCGCCAUCAACAAGAUCUCCAUCCAGCAGUACCAGUCUCCUCUGCCCAUGGCCACCACCACCAGCCCCCGUCCCCAGAGCGCACGUUGUCUCAUCCAGACCAAAGGCCAGAAAAGCAUGGACGGCUUCCAGGAGCAGGUUGGCCAUCACUCCCUCUCUCCACUUCCAUCUCUUUGUUUGUCUCUGUGUUUGUCUCUCCAUCUGUGUUUGUCUCUCUGUGUUUCUCUCUCACCCUCUUCCUCUCAAGCAUCCUUUCACUCUCCUUCUCUCUCUCUCCCUUUCCCUCUCUCAAUCUGGUUGCCAACAGAUCUCUGAGAGGCCUAUAUUCUGGCUACCGGUAUAUAGAGAGGAUAGAUGUUGCACCAUGUAAUUGCAUCGUUAUAAAAUACCAAAUUUAUAUUUUUGGCAAUAUUACGUUUUUGUGUCGUUUGGCAGUUCUGUGUGCGGAUAGAGAAGAAUCCAGGCUUAGGGUUCAGCAUCUCAGGGGGAAUCAGUGGCCAAGGGAACCCCUUCAAGCCUUCUGACAUGGUAAGAUUAAAGCAGCUAAAUGUUCUCUGUAUGAGCAACAUUUUUCUCUGCUGUAGCCUAUUCCUUAAGCUGUUUGAAUAACCACUGCACAGCACUGUAUGUCUCACUUCAGAGUUUCCAUGAUAACAAGUACUACUACAAUGCUGUAUGCUAUGCAGUGCUGCAGUUGACUUGGUUAACUUUGAACCUUUUUAUUAUAUGCCAAUAAUGAGCAAGAAUCAAGAAAAGACUCCACACUUUUGUGGCAAUGAAUCGUAAUGUAGACGUAAGGUUGGCAAAUGUCCAUGUAACAGCAAAGAAAGGAUGCAGUGAGAAAAAUGUCCAUAGCUUUGCAUUUCAAACAUUUCUAAAUCAGUUAAAAUGUUGUUGUCACUGGCAAUUUUUUCCCUUAUCGUUUUGAAACAUCCAAGCUUAGGGCUGGAUUCAAUCUUUAUCGCAGAAGUAUUGCGGAAGAUCCACGUAAAAAUUUAAAGGUAAUUUCCGAUUGAGAUGACAUAUGCAGCGUUUACCAUGAAUGCAGUCGCGGGAACAUUGCCUUUAAAUUUCAAUCGAGCUAUAACGCGGAUCUUCCGCGAUACUUCUGCGAUAUGGAUUGAAUCCAGUCCCUAGUUUCUUCUCCUAGACAUUAUAUUUGCAGGGGGAAAGUCUUGUAAGCCAUAGAAAUAGAAUUCAAAUUCGAUGUUGUAAACAUUGUUAUAGCCAUUGAAUGUGUUGUAUAUUUUGUAUGCAUAUCAUCCCCCAUCUUAGCACCCCACUGAAAGGUGGUGCAUGCUGAUUACUGAGGGAAUCUUCUAUGGGCCUGCUUUCCUGUGAUGCCUCAAGGAGUCCCUGAUGUAAUACAUGAGUCAUUAGAUGUUAGUAACGUUAUUCGGGCUUCAAGUGAGGAUUAACUGUUUAACUGUGUUGAGUAAGCAUCUUCAUAUGGUAUUAUGAGCAUCUUCAUAUGGUUUAAACGCAUGCAAAGAUUGGUAUAUUUAUAAUCUCUGCCUUGAUUAGAAUUUUUUGGGAAACAUGAAAUGUAAAAAACAUCCCCCACAGUGUCCAUAUCUUUGUAAAUAGAUGGACAAAUAUUUUUGUUAGCGUAACUGUUUUAGUACUGUUUAUCUUUUCAUUAAAGGUAGUCGUAAAUGCCAUGUAAGUACAUGUAGUUCUUGAAUUAAACCAACAGAGCACACUCGGACAACACAAUUUUUUUAUCUUGUGACAGAUCCUUACUGUCUGCUUUUUACAGACCAGCUAAACCUAUAAUGUUAACGUUGGCAAUGACAUCAUCAAAAUCAUGCACAGAACUUGAGUUCGAGGAAAACACAAACAAAAGCGCUAAACACCAAAAGGCAAAGAUUCUAAACCAUCUUCACCAUGUGGUUCCUAACCUCAUAUCACUUUUGACUUAUAGGGUAUCUUUGUUACUAGGGUACAGCCUGAUGGACCAGCCUCCAACCUGCUUCAGCCUGGGGACAAAAUACUGAAGGUAACCAUGUUCUUCAUCACUGCAUCGAUCAUCAUUGUCCUCUGAGUCUGUGAGAGCGCAUCCUCCCUCCGCCACAUUGCCAGUAGAGGCUUUGCAUGUGGCAUUUUGUGCUGGACGUACGUGUGUCUACCAAGUGAGCAUGGUCCUCUGUUUUGACCUUGGUCAAACCUCCAACAUGCUUUACUUGUCCCUCAGUCAGUCAGGUCUUCGAAUAAUAGUGGUUAUACUGUAUGUAUCCUAAUAAAGGCCCAUAGAAACAGACUGAAAAUCUAAGUGGACAAACAUGCAAGUAAGUAACUUUACUGAUAUGAUAGGAUUCCUAAUGUGAUGUUUUAGAUGCAUGAAAACUAAGUAUCGACCAGCAAUGUAAUGUGCUGGAUCAAUUGGUUUAUUUCUGAAAUACUCAAAGUACAAAAAUGUAAAAGUACAACAACAACAAAAAAUGUCAAAAAUGUGCAAGUCCAACCUGAUCUCAACUUAUUUGAUAACCUUGAAACCCCUGGAGCAUCUUCUGCCAUUUUUUCUCAACUAUCUUCUCCAUCUUUCCAACUUUGCAGCAAAGAUUGAAUCUGGUCUUUUCCUCUACUUCAGUAUUAUCAGAUCCUCAAGUCUCUUCUCGUAAAUACUUCAGGAGUAAACCUUUUAGGACGAGCAUCAGAGCUCUUCUACCCAAUGCAAUAAGAAACGAAUUGCACACUAUGAUGUCGUGGUGUAUUUAGCUUAGGUAGAGGGCUGUUAUUCUAAAAGGGUAAUCACCACCACACAUACAGUACAUAGGGAUGAAGCUGUCAAAGUAAGUGUUUACCAUAGUGCAGAGAGGGCACUGUACCCCUGUAGAUUGUCAGAUUUCUGGUCCAUGUAAAGCUACUGUUCAGGCCACGUUUGUCAGUCAUAAAUCCAGACAAAUCCCUGACAGUGAAGCCUACAUGAACAAGCCAGGCUCUCUGUGCCAAUACAACUUAAUGUGAUUGGAAUAGUCUCUACAGUUAUUGGCAUGUCUGUUGUAUCUGUGUGGCUUUAAAUGUGUGCUAGUAGAAGCCCUCACCCCUCGCCCACCCAUAGCCUGCAGAAGCAGGCACCUCUCUACUCUCUCCACAGAUGCAAGUGUUAGCUGAAGGACAGACCUCUAAAGACCAGCUUCUCUCCUCCUUCUCUCCUUUACAGCAUGACCUCCUUCUCUUCCUGUGUGCAUCUCUCUGCUCUUUCUCUCCUCUUUUCCUUGACAGUGUUGUGUUUCUAUCUCCUGAGCUAGGGCUGUUCCCAGUCCUCCGUGCCGCCCUGCCCCGCCCUGCCCCUCCUCACCCCCAUCACUCUGUUCACCCUCUGCUUCAUUUCUGCAUUGCAGGGCAAUGGACAUAGUUUUUUACACAUGGAACAUGAAACUGCUGUGUCUCUUCUGAAGAAUUUCCAGAAGCCUGUGGACUUGGUAAUCUUGAGGGAGAGCACAAAUUAA